AUGGAUAAUUUAGACUGUAACCUUGAGCAGAAAUUGAAGGAUGUAGUCUUGUUGCUUCGUGAUGAGGCCUAUCAGUGGUGGUUGACUGUUAAGGAGGGUACUCAAUCCGAUCGUCUGUCUUGGGAGUUCUUUAAGUCUGCCUUCCAAGGGAAGUACAUGGGAGCUAGUUACAUCGAUACUCGUAGGCGUGAGUUUCUGAAGCUCACCCAGGGAGACGGAUCAGUGGCUGAUUAUAAGGCCAAAAUUUUGAGACUGAGUCGCUAUGCGCGAGGUAUGAUGGCGUCUGAGUAUGAGAGAUGCAUCCAUUUUGAGGAUGGCCUUAGAGAUAAUUUAAGGGUACUGAUAGCUCCGCACAGGGAGCGAGAGUUUUUAGUUCUGGUACAGGAGGCAAAGAUUGCCGAGGAGGUUAAGCGCACUGAGCACCAAAACAGAGACCGUGAGAGGGGUAAGAACAAGAGGGAUUUGGAGCCUCCGAGUUUGAUACCGAGUCCUAAGAAAAAGGGCAAGACUGAUGGGUCAAUUAGAGUGGGACCCCCUGUUGCUCCUACUGGAUUGCAUCUGUAUAGAGAUUGUGGUAGACGCCAUCAGGACGAGUGUUGGAGGGGGACUGGGGCGUGUUUGAGACGUGGGUCGUUAGAGCACCAGUUUUGGGAGUGUCCGCUGAGGGCCAAUUAG